UCCGUGACGUCACCGCGCAGCCCUCUGGACGGCGCUUGCUUGCUGGGGGCGGGGCUUCGCUCAGCCUGUCCAAGAUGGCGGAGCUGGACUUGCUGGGCUCGAUCCUGAGCUCGAUGGAGCCUCCGCCGAGGCUGGGAGACCGCGAGGCCCGGAGGGCGAAGGAGGAAACGGCCCGGCUGAAGAAGUUGCAAGAGCAAGAAAAGCGCCAGAAAGUGGAAUUCAGGAAGCAGAUGGAGAAGGAGGUGUCGGACUUCAUCCAGGACAGCAGCCAAACCAAGAAGACAUUUCAGCCCAUGAACAAGAUCAAGCGAAGUAUCCUGCACGACGUGGUGGAGGUGGCCGGCCUCACCUCCUUCUCCUUUGGCGACGAGGAGGACUCCCGAUACGUCAUGAUCUUCAAGAAGGAGUUUGCCCCCUCGGACGAAGAGCUGGAGGCCUACCGCCGAGGAGAGGUGUGGGACCCCCAGCAGGCCAAGGAGAAGCGGAGGCUCAAGGAGCUGGCCCAGCGGCAGGAGGAAGAGGAGGCCCGGAAGGGGCCCACGGUGGUCAGCCCCAGCACCGACUACAAGGACAAGUACAGCCACCUCAUCGGCAAAGUGGCCGCCAAGGACGCCGCCCAAGCCAUGGAGCCCAACGUGGCCUACGGGUGCGUUCCUGUGGCCAACAAGAGGGACACGCGCUCCAUCGAGGAGGCCAUGAACGAGAUCCGGGCCAAGAAGCGCCUGCGGCAGAGCGAGGACGGGGGCCCCUCUUUGGCCCCCACCACCAGCACCACCUCCUCCUCCUCCUCCUAGGACUCCAUUUGUGCAGGGCGAGGGCCUCGUGACGUCGUCGUCAACCAGGGGAACCUUGACUCUGCCCUGAGGCUGCUGUUUGUGAGUCGUGUUUCGAGGGAAGGUGGGCUCUGGGUCCUCCUCGCCCGCCCGCCCUUCCUUCCUUCCUUCCCUUUUGAGUAUUUAACCCCCCCCCUUCCCUCGGCCUAGGGUUGCCUUGCCUUUUAAUAUUGCCCGAUGGACUGGGAGAGGACUGGGUUUAGAAGGGACCUUGUCUGAGCCAGAAGCAACCCGAGUGGGACUUUGCAAGGAGGGACUUUGCAAGGAGGAGGGUUCGGGGUGUGUGUUUGCAGGCGCAGGAGGGAAGCACUGAAGAAAUAAAGGGUAGCAAAUCCCAUCCCAUAGCCAACCCUAGGGCUGCCUCCUCAGACCCAUGGAAGGAGCCCUAUGGCAGGCAGGGCUUGGCUCCUUGUCCCCUCCUGCCCCCAAGUCCAGAGAGAGGACCCCGAGUGUGGCCGGCCGUGGGCUCCAUCCUGCAACCCCUUCCCUUUGAGGAACCGGUGGGAGGCGGAGUUGCUGAGCGGCUUCCCUGCCACCAGGAGGCACUGUUGCUCUUCUCUUGGUGGAUCCGGCAACCGUGGCCUCCCUUCCUUCCCUUGCUGCACUGCAGGGCCCAGCACGCAGCUGCUUGUGAUUGUGGAUGCCUCCCAAAGGGAUCUUCCCCAGUGGCCCCUCCCUCCCUCCCUCCCAAGACCCCCAAGCAGAGCAGAGCAGGGGUCCCAUCUCCCCCCCCCCCAAAGGGUAGAGCAUGGUGGAAGCCUUGGUUGCAUUGGGGGUGUUUUAAUGGGCGAUAGGGACCCCAUGCGUCCUCUGUGUUCUGACCGGGGUCCUUUGCAAGGUUUCUUUGUUACAUAUGUAUAUAGAGAGAGGGGGGGGGAGAGGGUGCAUUUCCGCCUGCUGUGGGGAAGCGAGCUGCCGUCCGCCUCCUGCUUCCCCUUCCGCUGCCCACGUCCUGUUUUUGUGGCGUCUGGGUGUCGAGAGGGAGGGGGGGAGGGAGGGGAGGGGGGGCAAGGUGCGUGCGAGUGUCUGCGUCUCCCAUUAAAGGCUUGUUUUGAGUGCU